CCAUGUUGACCAGGAUGGUCUCGAUCUCUUGACCUCGUGAUCCACCCGCCUUGGUCUCCCACAGUGCUGGGAUUACAGGUUUGAGCCACCGCGCCUGGCCCUGAAUAAUAUUAUUUAAUUAGAAUAGAGUUUUAUUUACCCAUUUAGCUGUGAAAUUCUGCAUGUUUCGACAAAUGCAUAGUGGCAGGUAUCCACUAUUGAAGUAUCAUAUGGAAUGCUUCAAACCCACACCCCAUGCAGCCCAAGGCUUCCUAUCUGUGUAGUUUCCCUUCUCCAGCAUCUCAUUAAAUGAGGUCACACUAUGUGGAUUCUCCUAAUACAUUAGUUGGGGAGAUAAUACUUGCCUUCUUGUUUCACAAGUAUCACCAUGGUACAAUGGCAGGAUGCAGUUUGCAAAGAGAUAAAAAUAGCCGAAAGAUAAGAAACAAGACUAGAAUCUGAUAAUCCUCAAGGGCUAUAGUUUUCUUAUUUAACAAUAUUUUUUGAGACAGGGUCUCUCUUUAUCGCUGAAGUUGGAGUGCAGUGGUGCAAGCUCAGCUCACUUCACCCUCUAUCUCCUGGGUACAAAUAAGCUUCCAUCCUCAGCCUCCUGAUUAGGUGGGACUACAGGCACAUAUCAUCAUGCUUAGCUGAUUUUUGUGCUUUUAGUAGAGACAGGGUUUCACCAUGUUGCCCAGGCUGGUCUUACAGGCACAUACCAUCAUGCUUAGCUGAUUUUUGUGUUUUUAGUAGAGACAGGGUUUCACCAUGUUGCCCAGACCCCAAUCUGGCUUGUCUCUUUGACAAGCAGACCCUGGGAGACAGUGAUAAUGAAAGCUAAGCCUUCAGCUAAUUUACCCAUAGCCACGGGGUGACUUCCCUGGUCACCAAGACAGAGCCUGCAUAUGGGGGUUUCCUUUACCUUUUCUAUAAGUUGUACCAAAACAUCCACUUAAGUUGUUUGUACCAUUCCUUCAAAUAAAGAAAUCUGGUACUGGAAAAAAAAAAAAAAAGAACAAGAGUUGACCACAUAGGUGCUUUCAAGCUUUGCUGGAAGUUUCCAUACAGAAUCUCAGACUGGACUUUUAAAGGCCUUAUUGAGGCUAAAGCCAAGCCCAGAACAUACUAUCAAAUUUCAGCUGCAGUCCUUAUAGCUUUGGAUGAAUUCCUCUCUUCUUGAGGCCCCCAAAUUAUCCCCCAAUUCCUGAGCCUACAAGGAAAUGACCUUCCUUACCUGUAAGGCUGUAAACCCUGUAAUCUAGGUAUCAGGCUGGCUUUUCUCAGAGUGAUUUGUAAGGAUGGGCUCCAUAAAAGUCAACCUUAGAUCCUUAAAAUUGCUGGUCAUAACUGAUCUUAGGCACACCAUUCCUAAAGAUGAUAUUCCAGUAAAAGCCUUGACAAUAUAACCAAAGUUUCCAGUUACGUCCUGUUGUAAGGUGAAUAGAUUCUUAUUGGACUUCUGCUAACAACUAUAUUGUCAUGAAAAUUAGCGUAUUCAGUAAGAAUUUCAAAAUUCUGGAGAAAUCAGUUGGGGAAAAAAGAUAAAUGCUUCAUUUCUAUUUACAAAAAUGUAAUCUACUAAAUUGUUGUGAGUGCUAGUUAGCUUAAGAGAAAGAGAUUUCUUAAAUCCAGAAACUGUAACAUUAAAGAACCAGCAAUGCUCAAAGGAAGCUAUAAAAUUAUAAUCAAUUUUCAUCACUUCAUUCAGUGCCAUGUAAUCAAUUCUAGUCUUGCUGAAUCUUGGGUUAGCAGCAUCAUAAACCCAUCAGUUUCUCAACUAGACUUCUGGACAGCUUCACUGAGUCAAGUGUAUGGUCUUAAAGUUAUUUAAGUGAUAUCAUCAGAAGCCUGUAACCAGAGUACCCAUCACAGUGUUUUCUGUGAGUCUCGGAGUCCUGUGUUGGAGACAAACAUUCUGACCCAUAGCUGAUUGCAGGAGCAUUUAGGAAUGUAUUGGGGCUAAAUAAUAUCUAAAUGACAAAGAACAUGAAAUGGCUGUGAUGAAAGAUCUGUGAUGAGAGUUCACUGUAUCACAACUGACAAGGAUAUUCAAUUUUGCCAGUGGCAUACAGCAUUUAAAAUAAUAAUUGAAAAUACAACUCAUAACACUAUACCAGCAUAUAGCAUGGAUAAGGAGGACACUGACAAAUUUCCAGGAAUUUUAUAUAAUUUCUGAAAACAACAUUUUACCAAUUCAAGUAUAACACAAGGAAGGUUAGAUAUCUCUUUUUACUUGUAUAUUUUGUAUAGUUUUUCUUAUAAAAAUGCAACCUACUUUAUUUGCAUAACUUGCCCUACUUUUCCUGCAUACUUUGCAUAGAGUUGUUUCUAGUUAUUUUAUUAUUUCUAAUAAUUUUAUUUAUGUAUAGAUUAUAUUUUUAAGACUUAGCAAUCUUUAUUUUCCAGAGUACAGUAGGAAGUAGAGAAUUUUAAAUGGUCAUAUAUUAACAUUCUAUAGUAGAUUAGAAAAUGUAUGAGUAUACAAUCUCCCAACAUCUAGAGUGAUGUUUCCUCAUAGUACAAUUUCUCAGUGUUGUAGACAAAAAAAAAAAAAAAAAAAAGUUUAUUAACAGGCAAAAAUAUCUUUAUUGUCUCCGUAAAAAUAGGGAACAAAAGUAUAUAAAGUUGGAUUAGUUAUGUUCAGUAAUUAAUGUUUUAGUAUUGUAUCUUAUUUAUAAAUGAUCUAGAUAUUUAAUGCAAAUCUUUUAGUUAGCUUAACUUUAAGGUUAAAAAUUACCAAAAGUACUUCAGAAACUAUUAUUGGGCAGAUUUACUGUAAAAAAUAAUGAAAUAAUGUUUUUUUAAUAAGAAGAACAGCUUAAUUAGAAUCAAUCUAUAAGCUUUAAAAUUUUAAGUAUCGGGCCGGGUGCGGUGGCUCACGCCUGUAAUCCCAGCACUUUUGGAGGCCAAGGUGGGUGGAUCACGAGGUCAACAGAUCGAGACCAUCCUGGUCAACAUGAUGAAACCCUGUCUCUACUAAAAAUACAAAAAUUAGCUUGGCAUGGUGGCGCGUGCCUGUAAUCCCAGCUACUCGGGAGGCUGAGGCAGGAGAAUUGCCUGAACCCAGGAGACGGAGGUUGCAGUGAGCCGAGAAUGUGCCAUUGCACUCCAGCCUGGGCAACAAGAGCGAAACUCCAUCUCAAAAAAAAAAAAUUUUUAAGUAUCUAGUAAGUAUAAUAUUAGCUUAUUUGAGUAGAACUCAAGAAGAAUAGAAAUUUAUGUUUGUUUUAUAUUCAAAGUGAUAGUUCUGAAGCUAUAGUUGUUUUACUACACCAAAAAUAUUAAAUUCAUCUUAUUUAACUAUGUUUUAUGUAAAUUGUGUUAACUUGAAAAACAUUUAUAUCAGUUUCUAUGUUUCUAGGAGUUUGGGGAAUAUUUAUGUAUAAAUGCUUAUUUUUUUUCAAGCUAAGUUAGAAUAGAGCAUUUUUAGAGGAUUUUAUAAAUGAAUUUUUCAUUGCUAUCUGGAGUUAAUAAAAUAUCACAUAUUCAUAACAUACAUUAAUAUGCAUAAAGCACAAAUAGAGAUCUCAUAGGUUUCAUCCUAAAAUUUUAGCCAUGAAUCAGGCAUACAUAGUCUCAUGGUUAAUUUUAGAGAUCUGCUUGAUUGGAUUAAGAGAUACAUAACUGGCAAACCAGUUUCAAUAUUUCUACUCAUUUGAUUACAAGUUCUCACUCAUCUAAACUAAUUAAAAAAUGAGAAUUUCUAGAACUUCUGUGGGACAGUAUGGAAGGUCUUUUGAACACUGUCAACUGAAGAAUGAUGAGGUUCAUAAAUUUGGAAAGGAGAGAUUUCGGUUUCUACAUUUUUAUUUAUUUUUAUUUUUUUGAGAAGGUGUUUCACUCUUGUUGCCCAGGCAUGAGUUCAAUGGUGUGAUCUUGGCUCACUGCAACCUCCACCUCCCGGGUUCAAGCAAUUCUCCUGCCUCAGCCUCUCAAUUAGUUGGGAUUACAGAUGUCCAUCACCAUGCCUGGCUAAUUUUUUUAUAUUUUUAGUAGAGACAGGGUUUCACCAUGUUGGCCAGGCUGAUGUCAAACUUCUGAACUCAGGUGAUUCACCCACUUAGGCUUCCCAAAAUGCUGCAACUACAGGCAUGAGGGCCUGCACCCAGUGAGAGAUUUACUUCCUGUAAAGGGUUGCAGCCUGCAGGGUAGUCCUUCCAACAGGCUGGGAAGCAUAGACUCCAGCCAGAAGCCAGAAGCAGACACUUUAAGGGAGAGGUAGAGGAAACAGUAAUUUAUGCUGAGUGGCAUGGCCAAAUACACAUAUUUAAUAAGCUCUAGGAGGAGUCAUGAAUAUUUAUGAAAGGAGAAAUGCAUGCAAUCGCAGUUGAGUUUCUUACUUCCUCAUGGGUCCCAUGUACAAAAAAAAUGGCAGUGUUACUAUGAUGACAGGGUAAAGGGCGAAGUUUUCAGUCUUCUGACAUCAAAAGGUGAAGCAGAGGACAUGAAAACUUGCUCUGUGCAUCCUCUGUAUACUGUCCAGACCCUCUCUGUCAUGGGUGCUCUCUUAUCAGGCGAGAAAGGAGAGGCAGCUUCAGGCAGAUGGUUGAUAUCAGUGGUGGAGUCUUUUGAAAGGGCUGGUUUCUCUUAAAUCUUUGGUGUGGUGUCUCUUCAGAUUUGUAUGCAACUUUAAUUGGGCUUCUUUACUUAGUUUUAAGAUAUUUUUGCAUAUUGAAUACAAAUUCUUUCUCAGAUGUGUAUUUUGCAAAUAGUUUCUUUCAAUAUGUGGCUUUUCUUUUUAUUCCCUUAACAAGAUCUUUUCCAGAGUAUACACUUUUAAUAUUAAAAAAAUCCACCCAAUUCUUUCUUUGGUGUGUAUUGACAGUUUGUGUUGUUAAAAUUCAUUACUGAACCCAAGAGCAGAUAGCUUUUAUUCUACGUUUUCUUCUAGAAGUCGUAUAGUUUUGCAUUUUUAGUGUAAGGAUGAUUUUGAGUGAUUAUUUUUAUAAGUUGCAAAGUUUUCAUCUACGUUCAUUUCAUUUCCUAUGGUUUCCAAUGAAUCGUUCCUUCACUUAUUUUGGGAAAGACACAGGAUAGUGGGCUCUGUUAGAGUCGGUAGAUAGCUAGACACGAACAUGAUGGGAAGGCUCACCUGGAGGGACCAUAAAAAAAUUAUAUAUUAGGCCGGGUGCGGUGGCUCAAGCCUGUAAUCCCAGCAGUUUGGGAGGUCAAGACGGGUGGAUCACGAGGUCGAGAGAUUGAGACCAUCCUGGUCAACAUGGUGAAGCCCCGUCUCUACUAAAAAUACAAAAAAUUAGCUGGGCCUGGUGGUGCGUGCCUGUAAUCCCAGCUACUCGGGAGGCUGAGGCAGGAGAAUUGCCUGAACCCAGGAGGCAGAGGUUGCGGUGAGCCGAGAUCGCGCCAUUGCACUCCAGUCUGGGUAACAAGACUGAAACUUCGUCUCAAAAAAAAAAUUAUAUAUUAGUAGCAUCUCUACUGCUAGAGUGGAUGGGCACCUGUCACUUGUGGGUAGGAGGAAGAAGAGGUACCUAUGCAGAAAGAAACACCCUAGAAUUCCUCUUAGGGUGCCCCAAUCAUCAUUCACUCUACAGUUAAAAUGUCAGAAAAUUGCUAUCACCACACAUGUGCCUUAACCAAUAGUGAGGAGGCCCCACAAGCCAAAGAGGGGCAAGUCAGGGACCUAAGGUAGGAGCAGAAAAACAAGACAAAACAGGUGGAGAGUUCAGAAUGAGGCAGGAAUGUGAAGAAGUACAAAAUAAAAUUCCCUGCACAGGACUCUUGGGGCUGUUUUCCUGCACAAUCAGCCUGCUCCUACUUAUAUUUUCUAUAAGAAGCUCUUUACACUGUAUUUAUUUUCAAUAAAGUUAUCUGCCAUCUUUGUACUGCCUCUUGGUUCAAAUCUUUCUUCCAAGUUAGAUGAGAACUGAGACAUCAGCUCUUUCCAGUAAUAGUUCCAUUUCAGUUUGAAUUUCCAGAACUGUGGGUGCUGAAUAACUGGCUCUCUGACCUGCAGAAGGAGGCCAGUGGGGGGCGCCAGACAUCACACUGGGAGCAAGAGGGCCCUGCAGUGUCCCAGCUGCCAGCAGGGGACGUGCUGCCACAACACCGAGCAAGAGGGUCCUGCAGUGUCCCCAGCUGCCAGCAGGGGGCAUGCCACCACUACACUGUGAGCAAGAGGGCUCUACAGUGUCCCAAGCAGCCAGCAGGGGGCGUGCCGCCACUACACUAUGAGCAAGAUGGCCCCGCAGUGUCCCAGCUGCCAGCAGGGGGUGUGACGCCACUACACUGAACCAGAGGGCCCUACAGGGCACCGAGCAGCCAACAGGGGGCACACGAAUACCACACCAUGAGCAAGAGGACCCUGCGGUGCUCUAGUUCCCAGCACGGGAGUGCUGCCAGGACACUAUGAGCAAGAGGGUCUGGCAGUGCCCCCAGCGGCCAGCAGGGGGCAUGCCUCCACUACACGCGAGUAAGUGCCCAGCAGCACAGGCACCACACCAUGAGCAAGAGGACGUAGCAUUGCCCUGGUUGCCAGCAGGGGGCAUGUUGCCACUACACUGUGAGCAAGAGGGCCCUGCAGUGCUCGGCCCCCAGCAGGGGGCGCCCACGCCCGCCUUUCAAAUUCCUGAGGCUCUGCCACUGGUGCGCAUCCUGUCACACCGCCGCGGUGUGUUGCGUCACAGCGGUCUGAAGAGUUGCGUUCUCCACUGUACAGAACUGGGGGGCAUUGUGAGGGCGGAGCUGCAUCCUCCUCAACACAGACCCUGGGGCGGGGUUCUUACUGCAAGAGGGCCUUGCAGUGGCCCUAGCUGCUAUUGGGGGUGCGGGCACAGGACCAGGAGCAAGAGGGCCCGGCACUGCCUGGCCACCAGCAGGGGGCGCCCGAGCCCGCCUUUUCAGAUGGUGCGUCCCGUCACCGCGGUCUGCGGAGUUGCUUUCUCCUCAGUACAGACCUGUGGGGCGCGGUGAGGGCGGAGCCUCGGUUCGGGACCACUCUGGGCCGCGUCCACGAUCUGCCCCCUCGCCUAUCUGGGUACCUGAACGACAUGUCAAGCAUGCCCAAAAGAAGACAGUCACCCCCAAGACCAGUGACCGUCCCAUCUCCCUGUCAGCCUUGCCCUCAGAUGACUUCACCAAACUCCUUUCUCUCAAGAAUUCGACGUCUACAUCUGCAGAGGACAACGCCUCGCCGUGCCUGUCGCCCUCAGCACCAGCCAGCACCUCCUCAAGAAGUUCCAGUCCCGACCUGGACCCAGAUGCAAUGCAUGGUGACUGAUGCGUCGCACAUUGUUUGUCAGCAAGGACACUCUUUUAAUGCAGCUACUCUGUUUUUAGCCAUGCUAGAUGUUUUAUCUUGUGAUCCUAUGUUGGCACGUCCUGUGUCCACCUGUGAUUCUCCUGACGCUUUUUGGGCAUAUGUUCCUGAUCCUCCUUUACUCUGACAUGUUACUUGGGAUGACCCUGCCUUUACUGUCAUCCUUAACGACACCUCAAUAUUUGGCACCCCUUCAGCCACUCACAUCUAUCCUCAAUUAGCAAAUUACACCUUCCUUGGUCAAUCCAUUUCUCCUCCUAUGUGUUUCCAUGCUGCCAAACUGUAUUCCAUGCCUUUUUAUAUAGAGGAUCCACACACACCUGUUACUACUGGUCAGCCUUCACCCUCCUAUUGCUUCAAUUUAGGCAUUCGCUGUUCCUUUGCUCAUAGCGGCCUUGGACCUCCACUCAAGGUUACUUCCGAAUUUGCUGAAAAUUGGGUUGCAUCCUAUAUGGGACUCAGGGAAUCGUCAGAAGUUACUCCUGCUAAAUUGCCUAAAUAUGACCAGCAACAUUGCUUUAAGACCAACAAAUCUCUUGACCCUGCCCCUGCCUGGCGCCCUUGUUUUUCCUCUUCAGCUCAUGCUCUCCACUCCCACCUAGUUACAGGGUUUUCUCUUUAUGAUUGGUCUGUAUGGUCUCCUCUUCUUUCUGGCCUCCAUUGAUAUGUAACCACCGGAGCAUGGAAUACUCCUCUAUAUACCACAGCCUCUGGCAAAACCUAUUCCUCUUUGUGGAUGCUUUUUCUAGCUCUUCAUCCUCCUAGAGUCUAUGCAGGCCACGAAAGCAAAAUUGCUAAGCCUGUACAAACCUUCUCCAUUCGUUCUUGCGUAGCCGCUCCCUAUGUCUUUUUGCUCGGAAAAGUGUCCUUUCAUGUUCAAAAUGGUUAUUAUACUAUUUCCUGUUUGGAUUGCAAACUCACAAAUUGUAUUGAUGCUUCCAUGUUCCCUGUUGAUACAAUUCUUAUUGUUCAUCAACCCCCUUAUGUUAUGCUCCCAGUAAAUAUUUCAGGUCCUUGGUAUGAUGAGCACUCAUACUCUCCGUUCUACAAAACCCAAUCUCUGUUCAUUCGACGCCAAAAAUGUUUCCUUGGUAUGCUCAUUGCUGGAAUUGUUGCCAUUGUGUCUGUGAUAGCUUCUACAGCUACAGCUGCUGUCAGUCUUACUCAAUCUGUUAAUACUGCUGUAUAUGUAAAUCAUUUAGCCAAAAAUGUUUCUAUUUCUAUGGGAACCCAAAUGUCUAUUGAUGAUAAAUUAGAAGCAAAACUGAAUGCCUUAGAGCAAACUGUAACCAUACUAGGGGACAAAGUGUAUAACUUACAAAAUAGACUUUCACUUCGCUGUCAUGCUCAUUAUAAAUAUAUAUGCGUUACCAGCGCUCCUUACAAUGGUUCCCAGUGGCAAUGGCCACUUAUCAAGGCCCAUUUACAAGGCAUCUGGUCUCAUAACAGUCUCUCUCUUGACAUCUCACAUUUGCAGCAAGAAAUUUCGGCCAUUGACCUUUCUCAGUCACAACUACCUGAUGAUGACUCUAUUGCUCACAGUUUUGUAGAUGCCAUGUCCUCUUGGGUGCAACAGUUUCAUAUCCCCUCCCUUUCAUCACUGCUUGCCAUUGCUGCUUGUUUUCUUGUAUUGCUGCUGUGCUUGCCAUGUGCCUUCCGCCUCUUGUUCUCCACCCUCCGAGAAGUGCAAUUGAAGGUGUUUGCCCUUCAUUUGCAAAGUAAAAAACCGGGAAAUGGCAGCGUUCAUGCCAAGGGCUUGAGACAGUAGCUGUCUCGCUCCAACUUGGUUGCUGGACCUGUGCUGCUCUACCCCCGCUCUCGAGGGCUAUCGAGUCAAGGCAAGAAUGGCUAAGCCACUGAGGCAAAAACAGAAUGCAGAGUAAUGGCCUGCGGUUUGUGAGGACAUUGUGCUGACUGCUUUAUAUCCCCCUUAGUCUCUGUGUAAGCAAUAGGCUUGCUGCAAUUGAGGUGCCUGAGAGGGGCAAGAGACCCCUGCCCAUAUUCUCUCAGGAGCUGAGCCUUUGCUCUACCUCCUGAUGGAAAGCAUAAUUAACAAGCCACCUUAAGGGAACCAUUGUUUGUUUGCACUGUGUAUCUUUGAAAAACGUAUAUUAACUCUUGAACUGCUUUGUAAGCUAUUAUCACAAGCCCCCUUGAAAAUGCUUUGUGAGCUGUUAUCACAGGCCCCGAUAACUAUUUUUAUGUGAUUUCUGUUCCCUUUUCUGUUUGCCCCCUUUUUCUGCUGAGCUAAAGUAAAUGUAACAAGAGAAAAGGUAUAAAAGCUGUAACCUACAAAAAUAAAGUGCUGUGUGCUGCUUGACUGCAUGCAGAC